AUUACUCGCCUGCUCUUGGACCAGGGAGCGGAUAUCGAGGAGUCUGAAGAGCAUAGCUGGACGUCCCUCCACAUUGCAGCUCAGCAGGGUUUUCUCGGCGUCGUUAACCUACUCCUCGAACGAGGCGCCUCCAUUUCCGCGCGAACCAAUGACCAUUUGACACCGCUGAUGAUUUCAGCUGACAAUGGUCGAGAGGACGUCGUAUCCUUUUUCGUCCAGAAAGGCGCCGCACUCGAAGUCCGUGACAAGAAAGGGCAGACUCCGCUAUAUAUCGCCGUUAGAUACAGCCAAGAAAGCGCUACAGAGCUUCUGCUGAGCUUAGGCGGCGACCCGCGAACACGCGCAGAUGACGGGACGACUCUUUGGGACGCUGUUGGCCAAGGGCCACCAUUGUCGGAAGACGCCGAGCGAGAUGCGCGCAUCCGCGAGCUGCUUAUGCAAGCGGGGUACACGGAGGAGACG